AAAUGGACCAUUUAUUUCGGAGACACAAGACAAACCUAGAAAGCAUUUUUUCUGCAAGUCAUCUCGAGUUCAAAGGCAUCCAAGCAAUGAGUAUCCGAUUGAAAGAUAGAAAGCAUAGUUCGCCUCGCCUACUUGCUGCAGACCUCUCCCGCCCAUCAGGAUAUAUUCAAGAAGUUUCUUGCUUGCGUCCAAGUUCCAACCGAAACGACUCCUGCGGAACUUGAACAGGCCCUACACGACUCGGAGAAAGAAAGCAAUGCCAAGACAUAGAACGAUGGGCUUUCCCUAGCUUUAGAAGGUAACCAUCUUCGAUACUAAUCGCCAUAGUCUGGAGCGUUCGUCGCGACUACAACUAUUUCGAACAUAUUAGCCUUCGCUCCGAUACUUGUUACCUUCUCCUUCGUCGUCGCCCCUUCGUUACCUAAUUCCCUAUACAGAGAGUGAGCUCCCUCAUGGGAAACCCAAACUACUAAGAGAUAUAGCGUGCAUUAGCGUUCGCCCAUAUUAGAUGGUAGUUCCAUGGUUCUAAAGAUGCAUGAGAUGUUCGCCUUCUAAGGAAGGAAGGUGGUCUUAGAUCCAAAUAGAACUGGUUUAAAUCCGUAGAAACUCAAUCAAAAACAGAAAGAAGGAAAGCGGAAGGGGGAAGGUCUGAGGAAGUAAGUGAUUUGCGGGUCCGCAGCUGGGGAAGAAACCAAGAAUCUUCCUGCCUAAAGAGAGAAAGGGCAAUCGUAGACGAGGUUGGGUUUGUGUUCCGUAAAUUCUCAUUCUUCCCCCUAGAUCCCCUAGAUCCCCUAGAUCCCCUAGAUCCCCUAGAUCCCCUAGAUCAAAGUCUAAAACCAAGGAAAAUAGAAAGAACUCUCUUUUCGUUCUGAACUAGACUCUAUCUAUACUCUAUAUAUAUAGCUUCGUUAAGCUGUAUGGAGGGAAUAGAAAAGAAUAAUUGAUCAUGGAAAAGAAAAGUUCAUCUAUGUCUAUUGAUAGUGUGAGUCAUAAGAGUUUGAUGUCUAUUGAUAGACUUUCGCAUAAAAUUUCUUCUUGGGAAGGGAUUUUUCAGGACCACCCUGGUCUUCACCCUUCCAGUGAACGUCUAGUGGAACUUCCAUCUGAUAUACGCAAGAAGUUGUGGGAGUUGAUGGCUAACAAGAGUGCCCAAGAUGUGUUGGUUGCAUCCGAGGUCGAAAGCGCUCCACCUGAAUUCGAAAAAUUAUUUGCUGAAAUAGAAAAGAAAUGCGAAGAGUUGGUUCUAUUGUCGAAUAGACAAAUCCCGCCGGAGUGGAACAUGGCCGAUCUUAUUCGCACUGUUAUGGGAAACGACGCUCUUCAAAUCCCAGGACAUCUCCAAGAUACCUAUUAUGAUGUUAUUUUAAGGGGAGCCACUAGUUGGUUCUUUGAGGAUCUUGGGAACUUUCUCGAUUUGAUCAACUAUGCCCCCGGGCCUUAGCCCUUAGAAUCUCAUUCAAAACCGGCGUGGCGCUGCUGGAUGCUUCUGAUCAAUAGAAGAAGAAGAGGAGUCAGCCAAAAAGAAAGAUCACCGAAAGUAACGACCACCAAGAUAGGCAUAGUAAUGAAAUCUUUUGAUCACCCAUUUUUUGAAAACCAUUUUUGGGGGCUUCCGCCUUACACAAGGCGGAUUGGAUUGCCUGAAUCACGAGUCUUAUAUACUGUGUUACGAUCACCUCAUAUUGAUAAAAAGUCCAGAGAACAAUUUGAAAUGAAAAUCAAGAACCAAUUUUUUGUCAUAAAAACCGAAAGGCAUGAAUUGCGCAAGAAGUUCUUUCGGUUAAAACGCCGUGCGACUCGGAGGACAUAAGACUUCUUGGUCAAGCCAAAAAGAUUGCCGACUUCCUCCCACCAUGCCUGGCCCUUUACCUUACCUUAAGAAGAAAGAGGGGGUAUGAAGCGUGGGAAAGAAUGCAAGAAGUGUAUGAUAGAAGUAACCUUAAGGAGUGGCGGCAAACCUCUUGAUUGAUCAACGUGAGUGAACUGUGCUUAGACGCUUCGUAAAACCGCACCGAUCUACGAGAGGAGCUGAUAGAUGAGUAGGCUUCCCCUUUCGAUUCACGGAAUGUGAUCUGGGCCACGAUGGGAGUUUGCGUGCCUCGGUAGGAAAGAGAUCACCGGAGUAUAGCACAAGAUCGCCUUUUCUUGCUGCCAUGGGGUCGACCUGUGAACAAGGUAAACCCAAUGGGAACCAAAAAACGGGGAUACCGCAUUGGGCAGAAGACGAUCCAAAAAGCGAAGGCUCACCCUUGGUUGAAGAAAGAAGUCAGGGGCGAAAGCCGCUCGACCGAUCCCUUGAACCUAACCCUCGGGAGUUUAGGGGCUCGACCGAGGGGAGAGGAAGGAGGGGAAGCUUACCUUAAACUUCAAAGGGGAAAGGGGGUGAGAUAGGCAAGAGGUUUUGAUUCCUUUUCCACUAGAAAGCCCGGCCGCGAGGAAUCAAGAGAUCUUUGCCGGUGCUGACUUGGAUCUCGGGUGACGGAAUAAGGCGGCCAAAAGCUUAGAGCAGUCGCGGUCGAAGCUUGGCUACAGCGAAGCGCUUACCAAGCGCGAAGGAAAGGCCUCCGCCACUUGAGCCGUAUGCGGGGGAACUCGCACGUGCGGUUCUUAGGGGGGGGAGCUAGUAGGAGCCAUCCCAUCCCAAUAGCGUAUAUUUUCCGCUCAAUAUUCAAUUUUCUUUUCUUGCAAGACCCGUUCGGAUAAGGGAAAACUCCAGAGAUUGCUUCGAAGUAAGAUCCUUGCGUUGACCCUUUCCUGAACCAGAACCGGGUCCGGGUGAGAGGAAAAGAGGAUCCAAAUGUCCCAUCAAUAAAGGUUGGGCUUUCCGGACCUUCCCCAAAACCCCCUCACGGACCCUUUUUCAAUAAAUAAGCCCCGCUUCAUAAGCCAUAACUUUAAAUGGCCCCUCUCUGAUAAGGAAGGAAAGGAAAGAAUCUCCAUUUUAUGACAAAUCCGGUCCGAUGGCUGUUCUCCACUAACCACAAAGAUAUAGGGACUCUAUAUUUCAUCUUCGGUGCCAUUGCUGGAGUGAUGGGCACAUGCUUUUCAGUACUGAUUCGUAUGGAAUUAGCACGACCCGGCGAUCAAAUUCUUGGUGGGAAUCAUCAACUUUAUAAUGUUUUAAUAACGGCUCACGCCUUUUUAAUGAUCUUUUUUAUGGUUAUGCCGGCGAUGAUAGGUGGAUCUGGUAAUUGGUCUGUUCCGAUUCUGAUAGGUGCGCCUGACAUGGCAUUUCCACGAUUAAAUAAUAUUUCAUUCUGGUUGUUGCCACCAAGUCUCUUGCUCCUAUUAAGCUCAGCCUUAGUAGAAGUGGGUAGCGGAACUGGGUGGACGGUCUAUCCGCCCUUAAGUGGUAUUACCAGCCAUUCUGGAGGAGCAGUUGAUUUAGCAAUUUCUAGUCUUCAUCUAUCUGGUGUUUCAUCCAUUUUAGGUUCUAUCAAUUUUAUAACAACUAUCUCCAACAUGCGUGGACCUGGAAUGACUAUGCAUAGAUCACCCCUAUUUGUUUGGUCCGUUCUAGUGACAGCAUUCCCACUUUUAUUAUCACUUCCGGUACUGGCAGGGGCAAUUACCAUGUUAUUAACUGAUCGAAACUUUAAUACAACCUUUUUUGAUCCUGCUGGAGGGGGAGACCCAAUAUUAUACCAGCAUCUCUUUCGGUUCUUCGGUUUGAAAUGGCCCUUUUCAGAUUCAAAUCUGAAUACGCAUUGCGCUGUAUGCUGGGACUGUCUGCUUAAUGGGACUCCUACUAUGUUCAUAAGUGGUUUUCUAGUAACCAACGACAUAAAAGCAGUCUAG